AUGCCACCCAGGCACCUCUUUGGCGCCAGGGGCCAGCCCGACCGCACCACGUCGCCAGACCAUCCACAGACGGCAGAGGCACGCCGCCAGUCGCUCACCGCCGCCGCCAACCCCUAUCCCACCUACGACCCGGGCGCCAACCCGACCUCGCCCCCGCCCCUCCCCUACGACCCAUCGCCCUACGACCACGCACCACCUUCCUACCCGCCCCAGCACCACCACCACGACCCGCGCCCUACCUCGCCCCAGCUCAACAACCCCUACCAGACCCAGCCCGCCGCCGUCGUACACGCCAACCCCUUCGACUCCUCGAUGGACCACCACCACCACCACCUCAACUACCACGACGACAACGGCGACGUGCCCCUCCUGCCACCCAGCGGAAACUACGCCUACGCGCCCGCCAGCCAGUUUGACGAGGAUGGCAACCACAUCGGACCCAUCGGCAAGUACGACGACGGCGACGACGACGUCAUGGACGAGGACGACGUCGACGGCCAGGCGCGCGGCCGCCACCUCGGCAUGGACCCCUCGGAUCCCGACUACAUGCCCGGCGGCUUCAACCCGGCGCUCAUGGAGGACGGACAGGCGGGCGGCAUCCGCUACGGCCGCAUCCCGCAGCGCGUGCCCCGCCGCUACAAGACGCUCAAGCGCGUCGAGCUCUACCACGGCAACCUCGUCCUCGACUGCCCCGUCCCCUCCAAGCUCCUCGACAAGCUCAACGACCGCGAGUCGCGCGAGUUCACCCACAUGCGCUACACGGCCGCCACGUGCGACCCGGACGCCUUCAAAGACGAGCGGUACACGCUGCGCCAGGUCCUCUUUGACCCGCCCCGCCGCACCGAGCUCUUCAUCGUCCUCACCAUGUACAACGAGGACGAGGAGCUCUUCACGCGCACCAUGCACGGCGUCAUGACCAACAUCGCCCACCUCUGCACCCGCGACCGCUCAAAGACGUGGGGCAAGGAGGGCUGGAAAAAGGUCGUCGUCUGCAUCGUCUCGGACGGCCGCAUGAAAAUCAACAGCCGCACCCUCUCGGUCCUCGCCGCCAUGGGCGUCUACCAGGAGGGCGUCGGCAAAAACGUCGUCAACGGCAAGCCCGUCACCGCCCACAUCUACGAGUACACGGCGCAGCUCUCCAUCGACCCGGACCUCCGCUUCCGCGGCCGCGAAAAGGGCAUCAUGCCCGUCCAGAUCCUCUUUUGCCUCAAGGAGCGCAACCAGAAAAAGAUCAACUCGCACCGCUGGUUCUUCAACGCCUUUGGCCAGGUCCUCCAGCCCAACAUCUGCAUCCUCCUCGACGUCGGCACCAUGCCCCGCGCACGCUCCAUCUACCACCUCUGGAAGGCCUUCGACAUCAACUCCAACGUCGGCGGCGCGUGCGGCGAGAUUGUCGCACUCAAGGGCAAGCUCUGGUCCGCCCUCCUCAACCCGCUCGUGGCCGCCCAGAACUUUGAGUACAAGAUGUCCAACAUCCUCGACAAACCGCUCGAGUCGGUGUUUGGCUACAUUACCGUGCUGCCCGGUGCCUUCUCGGCGUACCGGUACAUUGCGCUGCAGAACGAUGCCCUCGGCCAAGGCCCGCUGCACUCGUACUUCAAGGGAGAGACGCUCCAUGGCGGCGAUUCGGACGCCGACGUCUUCACGUCGAAUAUGUACCUGGCCGAGGACCGCAUCCUCUGCUGGGAGCUCGUGUCGAAGCGCGACUGCGCGUGGAUCCUGCACUAUGUCAAGUCGGCGCAGGCGGUGACCGACGUGCCGGACCAGGUGCCGGAGCUCAUCUCGCAGCGGCGCCGGUGGCUCAACGGCUCCUUCUUCGCGGGCAUCCACUCGAUCAUCAAGUUUGGCUACAUCUACCGCUCCUCGCACUCGUUUGGGCGCAAGUUUGCGCUGCACGUCGAGAUCGUCUACCAGACUAUCCAGCUCGUUUUCUCGUGGUUCGGCAUGGCCAACUUCUUCAUCUCCUUUUUUAUCCUGACGAGCGCCAUGUCGGACCGGAUCAAGGGGCUGACGAUCCCGAAUCGGGUGCUGUCGUACGUCUACGUGGCGUUUAUCAUCUUCUGCUUCCUGCUGUCGAUGGGCAACCGGCCGGCGGGCAGCAAGUGGGGGUAUACGAUCUCGAUGAUCGUGUUUGCGCUGCUGACGCUCUACAUGACGGCGGCGGCGCUGUACCUGGCCGUCGACUCGAUCCUCAACGCCACGGGCGCCAACGGGCCCGGCGCCGAGAGCCUCGUGAGCGACACGACGUUUGUCAACAUUGUCAUUUCCCUCGCCGCCACGUUUGGCCUCUACCUGCUGGCGAGCAUCAUGUUCUUCGAGCCGUGGCACAUGGUCACGUCGCUCGUCCAGUACAUCCUCAUGGCGCCGACUUUCGUCAACGUCAUUUCGAUUUACGCCUUUGCCAACAUCAACGACAUCAGCUGGGGCACCAAGGGCAGCGACAAGGUCAUGACGGAUCUGGGAGUGGUGGGGGGAGCCGGGUCGAACCAGGUCGAGAUUGCGAUUCCGACCGAGUCCAAGGACAUCAACGACGCCUACGACGAUGCGGUGCAUGUGUUGGCCACCAAGGCGCCCAAGGAGGUGCACACGGUCGACAAGGAGCAGAAGCAGAAGGACUACUACGCCACGGUGCGCACCAACGUCGUCCUGUGCUGGAGCCUGACCAAUGCCGCCCUCGUCGUGGCCAUCCUCAACAUCUCGAGCCAGCACACCCGCACCGUCUACAUGGGCUUCCUCCUCUACAGCGUCGCCGCCCUCGCCCUCUUCCGCCUGCUCGGAAGCACCGUCUACCUCGUCAAGCGCCUGUUUAGCGGCGAGUAG